GUUGUUGCUGUGAAGAAACUUCAUUCUUCACAAGAUGGGGAGUUGGCUGACCUAAAAAGCUUUACAAGUGAAAUUCGUGCAUUGACAGAGAUACGACAUCGUAAUGUCAUAAAGCUUUAUGGUUUUUGUUCGCAUCCACGACACUCAUUUUUAGUCUAUGAGUUUUUGGAAGGGGGGAGCUUGGAAAAGAUAUUGAGUAAUGAUGAAGCAACAUUGCAUUUUGAGUGGACUAAGAAGGUGAAUGUUGUUAGUGAUUUGGCAGAUGCUUUGUCAUACAUGCACCAUGAUUGUUCACCUCCAGUCAUUCAUCGCGACAUAUCAAGCAAGAAUGUUCUGCUAGAUUCAGAAUAUGUGGCUCACAUCUCUGAUUUUGGCACUGCUAGACUUCUGAAGCAUCACUCAUCCAAUUGGACUUCAUUCGCAGGAACCUUUGGAUAUGCCGCUCCAGAACUUGCUUACACAAUGGAAGUGAAUGAGAGGUUGGAUGUUUAUAGCUUUGGAGUUUUAACGCUGGAAGUGUUAAUGGGGAAGCAUCCGGGCGAUCUCAUCACAUCUGUUUCCUCUUCACCACCCACUGCUCACGAUAUAUUGUUGAAAGAUAUAUUGGAUUCACGCCUCCCACCUCCUAGGACUCAUGUGGAAAAAGAAGUGGUCCUUGUUGCAAAGCUAGCAUUGGCAUGUUUACACACCAGUCCACAGUGCCGACCAACAAUGCGACAAGUUUCUGUGAUUCUAUCAAAACAGAGUCCUCCUCUGCAGAAUUCAUUCCACUUGAUUUCAUUAGGAGAACUCAUUGAUGCCAACUGCUCGGCAUCCUGAGAAUUCUCAUUUUCCCUCUAUUGUUUUGUGUUUUUGUUCUCCCAUUUCUACUUUGAAAUUUUGAUUUUCAUUCUCUUCGUUAUCUAUUUCUGUGGCAUUUUCUGUGUUCAAAGUCUAAAAGACAUUGAAAUACUGUUUGUAAAUAAAAAUUGUUCCAAGAGGACAAAUGCCAAUAAGAUGAAGAGAACACUACUUCGUUCUGAGGUCACAUAGCACUGCAGGCAGCUAGCUGCUUGAGAGCGGCUGUGAGGUACAGAAUUUUGGUUUUGAUUGCUAGUUCUGGAUCACUGCUCUGCUGAUUAUGUGUUGUUUUAACUAAAAUAAAAAAAGCAUUGGAUUUUGAGUGGACUAGGAUAGUGUAUUUGAGUGAUAAAUUUUAUAGGGAUAUUAGUCAUAGUGAAAGGCUGAUUUUGUUAUGUGGUGGCCAUGUUUUUGUAGUUUAAGGUAGGAUUAUUAUUUUUAUUUAACGUUGACAAACUGUAUUGUACACUUUCUAGAGUAGCACAUUCUUUCAUUCUUAACUCCAAUGUUCAGUCUCCCUUUGUAGAAUCAAAAUUUUCAUGAAAUUAUUAUUGAAAA